AUGGUUCGCCCCCCUCUCAAUCUUCCUCUCUCCCCGCUAACCAUCACAGAUGCCUCACCACUGCUCGCACCCGCCCUCCUCCAGCGCGCCCAAUCCCUCACAAACGAACACGACGACCUCCAAAAGACCCUCAACAACUCCUUCGACUCCUCCAUAGCGAAACGCGUCGGCGAAUUAUCCCGCGUGGCUGAAGCGCUGAAAGCAUGGCAGACCUCUCAAGCCUCCGUCGCCGAGUUAACCUCCAUGCUCGAUGACCCCGACCAAGACGCCGAUCUCGCUGCCAUAGCCCGCGAUGAACUCUCCUCCGAGACAGGAAAGCUCGAAUCCCUCGCCCGCAGACUCUCCGCCAGCUUAACGCCCCGCCACCCCUUCGCCGAUUUCCCAUGCAUGCUGGAAUUCCGCCCUGGGCCAGGCGGUCUUGAAGGACGGUACUUUAUGGAUACUUUGUUCAAGAUGUACAAAGCGCUGUGCAUGCGCCGUGGUUAUCGCCACACAGUAGUAAAGUACGAAUUCGCCGAUACCGCAGGAGACUCCUCCUCAUCCGCCGGCGAAAACCCCCUCCAAGAAGCCAUCCUCGAAGUCCACGACCAAGGCGCAUUCGACAUCUUCCGUAGCGAAGCAGGCAUGCACCGCGUGCAACGCAUCCCCAGCACCGAGACAAAAGGCCGCGUGCACACCAGCGCCGUGGCAGUCUGGGUACUCCCCUCGUUCCCCGAGAACGGCGCUGCAAACAUCGACUUUGACGAUCCGGAGAGUGAUUUCUACGUUAAUCCGCAGGAGGUCAAGAUUGAGACGAUGCGGGCGAGAGGUGCGGGGGGGCAACACGUUAAUAAGACGGAGUCUGCUAUAAGGAUGACGCAUUUGCCUACGGGUACUACUGUGUCGAUGCAGGAUCAUCGGUCGCAGCAGCGGAAUCGGGAGGAGGCGUGGAAAUUGCUUCGUUCGCGAAUUGCUGAUCAGCGACGAGAAGCUCGUGAAGAGGAAGCGUCAAAUCUGAGGAACAGCGUGCUCUCCAAGACACAGAUCACACGAGGUGACAAGAUUCGCACAUACAAUUACAACCAGGACCGAUGUACCGAUCAUCGCGCAGGCGUUGACGUGCACGACCUACCGAAUGUUCUCGAGGGCGGUGAAAAGCUAGAUCGAAUCAUGGAUGGCGCAAAAGACUGGCUUGUGAACAAGGAUAUUGAACUCCUCAUGGCCGAAGAAGAAGCCAAAGAGAAGCUCAAUGGCAAGAAAUAG